GAGAGAGAGGGGAGGAGCGUUGUCAUCGAGAUGUCCUUCAUCUGAGCUCGAGGGAAGAGUGCGUUCAGAUCCAACCAGAGAAAAUCUGAACACAGAUCAUCACAUCAGAGUCUCAGGUCAAAAUGGGCGUAUCCAUAGCGUUGCUCGGCCUCGCUCACCUCGCAAGUCUAUUGGCUGCCAGUGUGAUGAGUCAUGAAGGGGCGUGUCUCCAAGACGGUAAUCACAAGGCCACGCCCGGUCCAGAGCCGCACCUGCAGGAGUGCUCUCUCUACAGACAUAAUUCAUGUUGUUCUCAGAGUCACGUUCAGGAUCUUUCUGGAUCUGUGGAAAAGUCUGUUUGGGAUAAAUGUGGUCUCCUGUCUCCACCCUGCGAUUCUUUCCUAAAGCGCGUUGUCUGCUUUCACCGCUGUUCACCUGAUGCCGCUCGAUGGCCACACCCACACCGUGACUCCUCCCUGAAGGCGGUGCCACUGUGCCACAGCUUCUGCAAAGACUGGUUCGAGGCUUGUAAAGCAGACAUGACGUGUGCUCGGGACUGGACCGCUGAUCCACGAGGUCUGAACUGUACCGGUGGAUGUGUGCCGUACCAGCAGAUGUAUCAGCACGGACGAGACCUUUGCGAGAGUCUUUGGGGAGAUGCUUUCGUGACGGUUGAAGAUGACCCCGGGGAAGAGGACGGGGUCGAGGGUCACAGCUGCGGUUGUCUGACUCUCAGUCCCUCAGAUGGAGAGGUGAUGGCGGCUCUGAGAGUUCAGCAGGGCGACCCGGAGGAACUGGACACGACCAAGAGCGACCUGCCCCAAUACAGAGCCCCCUGCCCCCCAACACAGCCCGACACACCCCACGCCCGCAGGAGAAACAGUGUUAUGCACAAACGCUCCUUAGUGACCACCGAUGUGGAGGGGAGCGGGAGUGGAAUGAUCUAGAUCAAUGUUGUCAUUAUUAAUGUACCGGAGAACAAGAUCGAGACUACCAUAACAUUAAACACCACACACUAUUAGAUUGAGCACAACAAUGCGUUAUAUGGAGAAAAACAAAUGCUUCACAUGCACACAAAAACAUUUGUAUUUUGAAUGCAUGACAUUACAGAAGUGAAACGAGUGCAGAUUCCUUUGUAUGGAACCACAUCAGUUAAUUUAUGGUAAUAUCAUGAGAUUUCUGAACUGCUUUUCAUGAUCAAUAAACCAUAUCACACACAGAUUGAACUUGGACACACAUACGUGUGUCUGUAACUCGUCGUCUGUAAAUGUCCUGACCGGAGUAUUAAAUGAGAGAGUAUGUUUAGAGUAUUCACUCACACAUGACAGUAUCUGAGAAUAUUGUGUUUGACUGGAGGUGUUUUGACAGUCUUUAACAUGAGAAUGUUUGUGUCAAUGAAUAGAUGUGUGAACAUGAGGUGUUAGGUGUUUUCGAGCUAUUACAAGUUUCUAAUGAUGUCUUAGAACUUAUAUCGACAGAAAUAAAAUGUGUUUUUUAAAG